AUGGCAGAUCCUACACUUCUAAAAGAUAUAGCAAUUAAGACAGGUAUUGUGAAACGUUUGGUGAAGGAAUUAUGCUAUUAUGAGAAGGAAGAGGAGAAGUUAUUGAUCAAAUUGCAAACAAUGCAAGGUGAUGGUGAUACUGACGAACAUAUCAUUAAAAAACAGAUGGAAUUGCUUCAGGAAACAAAGCAAAUGAUACCGGAAUGUGCUCGACGAUUGAUGAAUUCGGUCGAAAGUUUGAAAAAGGUAACCGGUGAACACGAAGCGCUAUUACAGAAUACGCCAGAGUAUAUUGCUGCUGCAGAACAAAUUAGAACCGGUAUGGAAGAAUGCUCGAAAAUCAAGGAAGCAACACGAGUGGAUUGA